AUGCACACUUUUAAACAGAAAAUUCACUCGAUCAUCAUCUCUACAGCCCAACACUCCAUUCCUCUUGAUUCUCGGAGCUCGCCUAUCAUGGCAGGACAUCCCCUCCCCCCAUCCUAUCUUUAUCUUUCUUGUAUGGACUCAAUCAUCAAGUCAGAGCCUGUUUACUCCGCGUCCAAUGAACCUAAGAUUCCGACUACCACCCAUCUGGCUCCCCCUCCAAAGCGCCGGCCCCGUCAUCGAUUGAGUUGCGCCGAGUGUCGGCGAUUGAAGCUCAAGUGCGAUCGGACUUGGCCGUGCUCAUCAUGCACCAAACGUGGCUGCGCACGCAUCUGUCCCGACGGAACUCUCCAAUCCAAAGUCCGCACCAAGGACACUUCCGUCCUGCUUGCAAGAAUCUCCGAGUUGGAGAACCUGCUGCAAAGCAAAGACCAUCAACUACGGCUCCACUGUUCCGAUGAUCGGCAAGCCGAGCACCCGUCUGGCUCUCGAGUCCUGCCCGACUAUUUGCAUAUGGGCAUGGUGGCUGCACCAUCAGAACAAUCACAAGAUACCCAUGUACUAGCUCUGAUCGAUGGUAUUGGAACUUUGAACGUCAGUGAUGAUGGCAGGUCUCGCUUCCUUGGGUUGAGUGCAAGCAGUGCUUUUUUUGAUGGGGAUUGGUCCGAUUGUGACUCUCUGUCUUCGACGCCGGGCACUUCCGAAGAUCCUAAUGAGACGUCAGAGUCCCCAUCCCCGUUUACAUUUCAGGUUCUCAUGGGUCGCUCGGCCUUAGAUCCAAACCAGCUCAAGAGAUACUUACCCGAUCGUCACGAGGCCGAACGAUUAGGAAACGUUUACUAUAACUACGUGUUUCAUCUCUAUGAGCUAUUGACUCGUACCGAGUUUAGCGCUCUCCUCGAUGAAAUGUACGAUGAUCAUCGCAACGAAAUCUGUAUCGGAAGAUUGGCCUUGUUAUACUCCAUAUUCUCCUUGAGCGUUUUGUUCGACCCUGCUGUCCAGGCCUUGCACCCAGAUGCGCGGAAGUGGCACGAUGCUGCUGAAACCUGUCUCAGGUCAACUGACUACCUUUCUAGUCCCAGUCUGGCGAUUGUACAGGCUAUCCACGCUAUGGGUACCUACGUCAUGAAUUCGCGGGCCGAUGGGGCGGAAACCUUCUGGCCAGUGUUGGGCACCGCCAUGCGCCUCUGUCAGUCCAUGGGCCUUCAUCGUGACGGCUCCAAUUGGGGAUUGCAGUCGUCCGAAUUAGAAUCCAGGCGUCGAACCUUCCAUGAGAUUUUAUCACUGGACCGAUUGCAGAGUCUGGUCCUGGGUCGCCCUUAUGCCAUGAGUGAUAAACAUUUCGACACCUCGAUCCCACGAGCUGACCUCAAACAACCCGAAAGCCAUGAACCAAAUGUAGACUUUCAUGUUGCCAAGUGGCGUUUUUCAUCUUACAUCGGACGCGUCGUGGAUGACGCGUUUAGCGUGUCCCCACCAUCACUGGCAGUUGUGAAUCGCUUGGAUGAAGAGCUCAGACAGUUUGAUCAGGCUUUAUCGCCAAAGUUGAAGUGCUCCAACACGCCUCCGAUCUGCCAAGGUCCCUCCUGGUGCGAUCUGAAUCCAGUUGAAAGGAAGUCAGGAUCUGAUGGUCUAGUUGACCUCCAGCUGAAUAUGCAGCAGCACUUCAUGACCGCGUUGCAGAAUACAACUCUCCUGUUUCUGCAUCGACGUGCGUUUGCGCUAGCCUUAUCUGAAGCUGCAGCCGAGCCAUUGAACUCCCCGUUCUCUAAAAGUGUACUCUCAGUGAUAAUCGAAUCUUCCAGGAAUCUAGUCAGUAUCGCCCAGGCUGCCCAAGCACUUUAUCCAGAACUCGCCAACCGCUGGUGGUAUCUCUUCUGCCAUGCGUACAAUGGCGCGACUUGCGUGGCCACGCUGCUCAUCAAAUCACCCGGGUGCAUCUUAGGCAAACAUGCUUGGUCGACUCUAUCGACUGCCAUGACUGUUUUCAAUACAGCUGCUCAGUACGGUCCGAUCUGUCGGGACCUAUUUAAUCGCUUAAGUCGAUUGCACAAACAAGCCAUGUCCCCUUUCACCGCCGACAUUCUUCCGAACCCGCAAAGCCGCUCCAUGCACUCUUAUCACCCCAACCAACCACUCUUAUCACCUAACACCAGUAAGAUGGGUGAAGGAUCGAUGGCGCUGGCGCAUUACUUGGAAUCAUCUGGCGCACAUCUGCAUCAUACCUCCACUGAUUUCCCAUGUGAACUGGGGGCAUCAACUCGCUUGACUCGCAAGAAUCGAACGCAAAGCAUGUCGAAUUCUUCAGUUGCCUCUGGUAGGGUUUCCUCUUUGACCUCCUCGUGUCGGUCCAGAGGAACCUCUUUUGGAUCGACGGGUCCAACCGAUGGACCAUCGGCUGCCACCAGCAUCGGAAUGCCCCCCAACGGAUCUCAUCAAGGAUCGGGCGCGAAUCGAAAUACUCCGAGUCGUAGUCCAAACAAUAACAACGGUAUGAACAGCACACUUACCACUUCAUUUAACAUGGCUUCAUGGGCAGGCAUGGUGAAUUCUCCGCGAGAUGAAUUUGAUGAAGAGGAAUCUAACGAGCCGCCGUGUUGGGAAAACCUGAGUAUCGAGCCAAAGGAAGAGCCCUUCAAUACCCCGAUCUUUGGUGUCUCCCAUUCGCAGUCCAACCACUACUUCGAAGGCUUUACUGAGCACUUCCACCCUCCAAUGGUCCUUCCAUCGAACGAUACCAUGCUCUCACCUGGACCAUCCAGCUACCCUGGGAUUUAUGGACCGAUGCCUAAUCCAAGUUCGUUCGAGAAUAGCCCAAAUCAUACGCCCGUCUCUUCCAAUCUUAACCAACAGCAAGACACUACUACUGCAGCUGAAGGGAUGACUAGUCCGAUAAACACUCAGUUUGACCUUCUGGACACUUUCUUGACUUGUUUCUCCAUCUGUUCUACUCUUUGCUUUGUUUUGCUGUUUCUUUCUUGUCCAUCUCAAUCAGUCAAUCACAAGAACAAACCCAAAUAUCCAUAUUACUAG